AUGCAAGAACAAACCGAUACAAAGAGUUCUUUGAACUCGACGACUCGGCUUCCACAACACGAUGGAGCCGACGACGAUGAAGACACUCAUAUAUCGUCGACAUCCCCAAGUUCCUUUCACGAUGCUCAACUCAGCUUUUUAUCAAACGACGAAGAGAGUAUUGAUCUUGAUAAUAUGGAAGAGGAAAUGGAACUAGAAAAGCAACGAUACCCUGGUGCCAGUAGCUGGGCACCCGCCGAAGAACGCCUUUUCGAGAUACUAUUCAUGCGACAGGAUUUACCUAUGCUGCCUACAACAUGGGAUGUCGAUUUACGGGGGGUACCUAUCUCAGACGUAGUCUUCAAGACUACGGACGAGUUUCCUCCUAUCAUUUAUGCCCAUUCUAAAGACUUUCGUGCAACGAUGGCUCUUACUCGCCUCAUGGACCUCACCGCAAAGUCAAGGACAAACAUACAGAGUGGUCUUCGAAGCAAAGUAUCACAGCUCAUCAAGCGAGAGAUCGACAAGUAUGUGAACUGGGCAUCGCAGGACGGCGACUACCUGCAUCUCCGCAUCGUGCCCAACCUCUUGACUGAAGUUGUCGAUACGAGCAUGCCCGAAGAUGAAAUUACAGAGCACAUACAAGAUCGUAUGAGAUCGCUUGCAAAAAUUCAACGCGAGUUUCUCCGAGAGGACAGGAAUCCGCAGUUCUGGGAUGUUGUCAAGCCAAGCAUCUUUAGAUCCCCUAAAAUCAAAGUCGAGCCAGAAGACGGGUCACCAUCGCUUGGGACAUGGCCAACGCCUACUAAUAGUCGAAGUGGCUCGCAUCCUCACGUCGAAAGGAUUUCUUCUAUGGCUGAAAGUAACAUGAUCGUUGUCAAGAUUGAACCUGGGCUUGAGGAUACCGGUAUUUCGACUACACAAUUGCACGAAACCACAACAAUCUCGAAAGAGCCGUCCCUUCCACGCUCCCCACCAUCUCCAUCUUCACCGGAUGAACCUCGAACGCCUUCCACGCAAACUUACCGACGUCACCCACCCGUGGUGUACGGCCUUUUCAUCCUCAACACUUCAGUUCUCGUCCUCACAACUGACUCAUCUAAAGGGGAUGAUGCGUACGUCAGUUUCCAUGUUCAAGUCGACUUUCAAGACGAGCAACAGGGAAUUUGGAAUGCCUUGACCGUUGCUACCGCAGUGUGCCUUGCUCGUGACGAGCUACGUACCCGCGUUGGUGAUUUUGAGGAGCUGCCGUGCUUGGAGGAGAGUGACCCGGAUGCCUAA